ACGUCAUCCCGCCCUCUUCUUGCCAGGCACUGGGCCAGCCGCUUGAGGCACACGCAAUCCUCCAGCCACCCGGGCAGCAUUACUGAACCACAGUGCAGACCAGAUUACUGAGGGUCAGAAGGCGAGUCACUGGCCCUGAAGUCCAGCAGAGCCUACAGACAGUGGGCAGUGGAAGGAUCUAACAUUCCCCGAGCAUCCACUAAGGCCGAGCACCUCCAUCCAACAGCCAUCCUUGGGGGCAGGUGCUAGUGCCUGCUUUGUGCAUUGUGCAUCAUGCAGGAAACCCUGACCUGGAGAAAAGCAGCUUCCUCAAGGCCCCAGGUGCAUCUAGGCUGGAGAGACACCCCGGGCUGCCUGCCUCCAUGAGAUAGCGGAACAGGUGGAUAAUUUACUAAACCUCUUCUGGCAGCCAGGCGCGAUAAAGACGUUAGUUCAUUUAAUCUUUUUAACAUACUUGGAGGUGGAUAUUUUUCUCUCUGCUUGAGAAAAGCUCAGAGAGGUGACACGACUUGCCUGUGGUCACACAAGAGAGCCAAAGUUGAAUCUGGCUGACUCUACAGAUGCUUUAAAUAGCCUUGCCAGAGGCUCUCAAACUUGACCAUGAUCAGAAUCACCCUCCCGGUUUGUUAAAACUCAGACUGCUGGACCCCAGCAGUCUACAGCAGGCUGAGAAUCUGCAUCUUCGACAGAUUUCCAGGUAAGGCUGAUGCUGCUAGACCAGGCAACACACUUUGAAAAUUACUGGUCUAUAGUGAUUCUCCCAACAACCCUAGGCAGUAAGCCUUACUGUCCCCAUUUUGCCGAGGACGAAACUGACGUUCAGAGUGCUGGCGUAUCAAAGAUCCCACAGGAGACCUCUGGUAUACGAAAAUCCAAGGUGGUCUGGGAAAGGGGGACAUUCUAUAGGAGCAACCACCAGGUACCAGGACAUCCUGCCAUUCAGUCGCUUUCAUAAUCCUCCAAGAUAGAUCUCCACAUUUGUUUUACGCAAAUGAAAUGGGGGUGGGGAAGCUCAGUGAUUUGGCCCAAGUCCCCCAGAGGGGGAGUGUGGGCUAUUCAAACCCAAGCCAGACUCUUGAGUCUAGAGGGCACUUGACACCUACUGAGCGCCUACUGCAUACCAGAGGCUUCACACAGCCUCCAACUCCCCUGGCUGGUAGAUGGAGCAGGGGAUUUAUAGCCGGUCUUCUUGGAAGGGAGGUCCGGGGACGCCCUCAGUGCGCCCCUCCCGUAUCCACAGGUCGGCGCGCGGCAGCCAUGGUGAGCGAGUCCCCGAGGCCCGGCGCCGGGGUCCCCUGGCGGCGAAGCGACGAGGCGCUGCGCGUGAACGUGGGCGGCGUGCGGCGGCGGCUGAGCGCGCGCGCCCUGGCGCGCUUCCCGGGCACGCGGCUGGGCCGCCUGCAGGCCGCGGCGACGGAGGAGCAGGCGCGGCGGCUGUGCGACGACUACGACGCGGCGGCGCGCGAGUUCUACUUCGACCGGCACCCGGGCUUCUUCCUGGGCCUGCUGCACUUCUACCGCACCGGCCGCCUGCACGUGCUCGACGAGCUGUGCGUCUUCGCCUUCGGCCAGGAGGCCGACUACUGGGGCCUGGGCGAGAGCGCGCUGGCCGCGUGCUGCCGCGCGCGGUACCUGGAGCGGCGAGUGGCGCGGCCGCGCGCCUGGGACGAGGACAGCGACACGCCGAGCAGCGUGGACCCGUGCCCCGACGAGAUCUCCGACGUGCAGCGUGAGCUGGCGCGCUAUGGCGCGGCGCGCUGUGGCCGCCUGCGCCGCCGCCUCUGGCUCACCAUGGAGAACCCGGGAUACUCGCUGCCCAGCAAGCUCUUCAGCUGCGUCUCCAUCGGCGUGGUGCUCGCCUCCAUCGCCGCCAUGUGCAUCCACAGCCUGCCCGAGUACCAGGCCCGCGAGGCGGCGGCCGCCGUGGCUGCGGUCGCCGCCGGCCGCAGCGCGGAAGGCGUGCGCGAUGACCCGGUGCUGCGGCGCCUCGAGUACUUCUGUAUCGCCUGGUUCAGCUUCGAGGUGUCGUCGCGCCUCCUUCUAGCGCCCAGCACGCGCAACUUCUUCUGCCACCCGCUCAACCUCAUUGACAUCGUGUCCGUGCUGCCCUUCUAUUUCACGCUGGUGGCCGGCGCGGCGCUCGGCAACCAGGGCAGCGCGAGCGGCGAGGAGCUCGGCGACCUAGGCAAGGUGGUGCAGGUGUUCCGCCUCAUGCGCAUCUUCCGCGUGCUCAAGUUGGCGCGUCACUCCACCGGGCUCCGCUCCCUGGGUGCCACGCUCAAGCACAGCUACCGUGAGGUGGGCAUCUUACUGCUGUAUCUGGCCGUGGGUGUGUCAGUGUUCUCCUGUGUGGCCUACACAGCUGAGAAGGAGGAGGAGGUGGGCUUUGACACCAUCCCAGCCUGCUGGUGGUGGGGCACAGUGAGCAUGACCACUGUGGGCUACGGGGACGUGGUGCCUGUGACAGUGGCUGGCAAGCUGGCAGCCUCGGGCUGCAUCCUGGGGGGCAUCCUGGUGGUAGCGCUCCCCAUCACCAUCAUCUUCAACAAGUUCUCCCACUUCUACCGGCGCCAGAAGGCUCUGGAGGCUGCUGUGCGCAACAGCGGCCACCGGGAAUUUGAGGACCUGCUGAGCAGCGUUGAUGGAGUGUCGGAGGCAUCUCUGGAGACAUCCCACGAGACCUCCCGGGGGGGAAGGUCUGCAGACCUGCAGGCCCAGGCCCCCAGUGGGCCUCCAAAGUCUCAGAUUUAUUAAAACCAAGGUUCCAUGGGCCUCUUCCCACAUCCCUACAGUCAGCUGCAACAAAGCCGAGAUUCCUCCCCUGCUUAAGUCCUUCCUGGUGGCAUGCCCUCUCAGGGUUACUCACCCCAGCCUGAGAAAUGAGACCCAGAGGCUGGGUCCCUUCCGCCAAAGGUCCAGAGCAGGACAGUGUUACCCUAGAUUCUGUGAGCCUGGAGAACAACCCAGAGACCUUUAUAAAUGAACCUCCAGGCCAUCCGAGAAGCACGCAUGAGCCAAAGGGAGAAAGUGGAAAGGAGGCUAACAAUUCCUGAGCAUCUCCUCUCUCUUAGCUAUCUCACAUUUGGGCCUAUGCUGGAGGAUGAGAAUUAUCCCCAUUUCACAGAUGAGGAAACUGAGGCUCAGAGAGGUGCACUGACUUGCCCAAAUGUCACACAACCAGUAGUGGCACCAAGUUUGUAAUCUGGGUUGUUGCUCUGCGAAGACCAAUGUUCCUUCUGCCCUGUCUUCCUUCUGCCCUCACAAAGUUUGCAUGGGGUUUUAGGGGGUUCAUGGAUCCCCCAGAGUUGAUCUGUGGAGUUAGAACCCUCUGUCAGAGCUAGAGAAAGGACCAGACAGGGAAUUCAGAAGUAGGAGCCCAGGGGCCAGCCCAGUGGUGCAGUGGUUAAGUUUGCAUGCUCCGCUUCCACAGCCUGGGGUUUGCA